UCAGUUCUAUUCGUCGUCGCAGUGCGAUACGGUCGAUAGCGUAAACGGGAACGUUUGCCAUAGUGGUUCCUUUCCUUCGAGAAUACAACGCACCCUCCUCUUCCUCCUUUCCCUCCUCCUGUUCCUUUUCUUUAUUCUCCUCUUUAUCCCUCUCUCUUCAUUCUACAUUGUAGUGUGGAUAGAGCAUACCCAAUACGUAAUACCACCCCCUUAUAUACACCCACAUACAUAUAUAUCCUUUCGGCGCCAUCGAGAAAAGGGAACGGAGCCGUUCAGCGUCCAUUUCCUAGCGGGAUGUCGCCGACAAGAGACGUUCCUACGUUCAAAAAGCUCGUGAUCAACAACGCAGAAAUUAUUGUGUCAUUUUCUUUUGAUCGUUCCCAUUUCAUCUUAAGAUUCGAUUUAUGGGAAUAGUGGACCUCAAAUCCUUUCUCUCUUGUGAUGUAACAAUAUUUUCAUCUUAAAAGGAUGUACUAUUUAUCAAUGUAACAAAUCGAAAGAUAAGGCUUAAACUAUGCUACGACCUUGUGAUGAUCGAAGAAUCUUGUAUGACGAAUAUCAAGAAUGAAUAUUAUCGUACGGAGACAAAAUAUCGCGCGAAUAACACGUGUUACCUCUUCGUUUCUUCACACGAUAAGCCACUGAAAAAGAUAGAUAUAUGAACGUGCGAUCACGCCCCUCCUCUUAUGACUGGAUAAACAGACAACGAUUCGCUCAUAAUCAUUCGCUUCGGCAAACGGAAACAGCAAUUCUCGAUUUGAUGCGUGACAUUGAUAAAACGUAACUGUUUCCUUCUCUUUUCACUUGUGGAAAUAGAAAUCGUUUUAUCGAAGUCAUUUCGAUGAUAGAAAAAAGAUCGAUAUUCGAGAUUGAAAAUAGCAACAAGUAGGAAGAAAAUCGAGGGGUUGUAAGCUAGAUAUUUUGAUAGUGGCGUUGGUGGUUACGAGUCAACGUGGAAGUUUGUGCAAGUCAGGCGGGAAAGCUUGAAAAUCGAAGGUCAUCGUCAUCGUUGUCUACAUCGUUGUCGUCGUCAUCAUCGUUAUAUUCAUCGUUAAUAUCAUUGUACGAAAAGAGAACUGGCUAGUGUUUAUCGAUUGGUCUGCGACUUGAAGAGGAUGCUCCCUUCCGAGUUCUACGUCGCAGUCACGUGCCAAGAGGCGGUGCUGAGGUUCGGAACGAGCGCAUAAGGGGUGGCAAGCGUUGGGAAUAGAGAAACGAAGAGGGUGGAAACUGAAAGCCGGCUUUUCCCGGUAUACCGUUGAACCGUUGACGUCGUCGCCGUUCUCGUCGUGGAAAAUCGAUUGGGUGCCGGCGUCAUUGCUGCAACCAUUCUCGACCAAGUACAAUGACCUCCAAACCGGGAAGAUCCUACAGCGUGAGGUCUCCGCGCGUAGGAGGACCCCUCUCGCAAUCAUUAGCGAUGAUUCCACCGACUAUGCAUGGUCAUGAAUUCAACCAACCCUUGUCGAGGGUUGUUAUGGUCCGUAAAACGGAUCAGAGAACCUUCAGUAAGGGUCGGCGAGGUGGGGAACCUCUUUUAGAGACCGUCACCAGGGAAACCGUCGAGUUAUUCAACGGUGGCAGAGCUGAAAGAAAAUACACUUCGGAAACGAGAGACAUCGUUACGCCAAAGUCAAACAGUAUGCCCUCGCUCAGCGUCAGUGGAACGAAAAAGAAGGUGGUCGGCUUUGUCGACCAGCUGUCGCCCGAAAGGUCAAGGACGGAAUCGGUUAGAUCCAAAUCCCCUUUGACUGCAUCGCCAGCAUCGCCAGGACCAUUGUCGAAUUCCUUACACGGCAGUUUUCACGGUAGUUUAGGAAGCGAUGGCAUGUCAUGUAGCAGCGCAAGGUCCUCCUCUGCGUCGCCAGAUUCUGCGAGAUAUUCCUCCUCGCAGAUAACAAAGACUGACACGCGUAAACCGUCUGUGCGUAGAUCAGGGCCUCCCAAGGAAUUCAUCAAUAUGUGCCUGGAGACACACAAUUAUUAUCGAGUGCGACACGGUGUACCACCUUUGCGACUUAGCAAACAAUUGUGCAAGACCAGUCAGGAUUGGGCUAAUAUUUUGGCAGCUAAGGGUAGAUUAGAGCAUAGGGCAAAUAUAGAUUACGGAGAGAAUCUUUAUUGCAUGUGGAGUUCCAAUCCAAAGACCGUCGUUGGUGGUGACGAGCCAGUAAACGAAUGGUAUGCCGAGGAAGCUUUACAUCAGUAUGGUAAAGAACCUACUACUUUGAAAACCGGUCAUUUUACACAAGUUGUAUGGAGAGAUAGUACCGAGUUAGGUGUCGGCAUGGCGAGAAACAGAAACGGAGAGGUCUAUGUAGUAUGCAACUACAAUCCAGCUGGUAACUUCUUAGGCAGCUUUACGGAUAACGUCCUUCCAUCUGGUAGUACGAGUCCGAGUAAAAGGAUAUCCUUUUCAAAGAGUCAAUAUACUCUCGACGAACAGGCUUGGCAACAAGAGGCCUUGUUAGUUCACAAUGAAUACAGAAGGAGGCAUCGUGUACCUGACUUAAGGUUAAGUCCUGAGUUAACGGUAGCUGCAAAGGCAUGGGCCAAUACGCUGUUAAACACGAAUAAAUUGAUACCACAAUCAUCCUCACCGUACGGAGAAAACAUAUACUCUAUGCAAUGUUCCGAUCCUAAACUGGUCGUAUCGGCUCGAGAAGUUGUGUCAAAGUGGUAUUCCGAGAAAAAAGAACAUAAAUUUGGUACGGAACCGAAGAUUCUUAAUACCUGUCACUUCACGCAAAUUGUAUGGAAGAAUACCACCGAAAUGGGCAUAGCUAUGGCAAAAAGAGAUGGAACGUGCGUCGUCGUCGCAUGUUAUCAUCCAAGGGGUAAUAUUGUUGGACAGUUCACGGAGAACGUUCCUAAAUCUGUAAAGAACGUCUAGUCCGCGCGCGCGCGUCGCCGGAUCAACACUCUUGUCGAUAAUGUAUUUAAAGGCUGUAUUUAUACAUCGUGCAUAGAGACGACAAUACGCAUAAUUAUGUAUAUAACACACGUGUGUGCAUAUACGUAGAAUAAACAUUCCACGUACACUAUUAUAUUUGAUCCUUCUCGUUUAGUUUUCUAUCCGAGUUACGAGAGAAGGAAUACGAAGAAUUUUAUUGGUCAUAUCUAAACGACACGGACGUUUGUUCCUUUGCUUUAUAAUAAUUUAUUCAUAAUAAAUUUACACUUGCAUCGCGUUGCAACACAUUGCAUAUAUAUAUAUAUAUAUAUAUAUAUAUAUAUAAUUUACAUUCGUUCUCCGUUUUUUUUUCCAUUUAUUAUUUUACAUUACGUACAUCCGUUUACAAUCUUGUUUGUUAAUGGUCGAGGAAUGCUUAGUUGCUUAAAUUCUAAUUGUAAGAACAUGUUCGUCUAUGUAGUAGUGAGUUUGAAGUAAGGUCGUAGAGAUACACCAGAUUCUUUUGUUCUAUACUUUCUCUCUCUCUCUCUCUCUCUCUCUCUCUCUCUCUCUCUUAUUGUUUUUUUUUUAUUUUUAUUAUUUUUUUUUUUUUUUUUUUUUUAUAUCAGAACAAAAUUUGUGCGGUGCUCAGUGCGUUUGUGAAAAAGAAUUGUCUCUCAUGUUUAUGCAAGAAAAAAGAAAAGUAAGAGUACUUCUGAGAUUCGAUAAAUGAGAAUGUAGUAAUACAAUAGAAUUUAUAAAUAUUAUGAAUGGAAUAAGCAUAAGAAAUUGUGAGAAAUUUGUGCUUUGAUUCUGAUCAUUUUCUCGUUAAAUACAAAGUCGCGAUAUCGUUGCUCACAAGAUGCGAAUUUGUUUUUCGAAUUUUGGCAAAGAUCGUAUCAUUAGAUUGAGAAAAAAGUAACAAAUACGGAAGGGCUAAGAAAUAAAAAUUGGUCAUCGGCCGUUUAUAAAUGCAUAGUCGAUCAUCCGAUGAGAUUGGAAAUAUUUCAUUUAACCCUUAAAGUUUAUGAUGAUUAAAGUUUUACUUCAAGAAGAAAUAAAGUAAAGGUGUGAAAUGCACAAAGUGCAAAAGAAAUAUUUAUUUGCCAUAAUCAUCGCUAUGUUAUUGAUAAACACUGCACAAAUUACUUUAGAUAAUUUUCAUCUGAUAUUAAACGAUAAUAAAGAUAGAAUUUAAUUGCUUUUGUUUUUGAUUGAUAUUAAGUUUAUAAAGUAACAAAUAAUAUAUUGUGUUGACAUUUCAAAAAGAUAGCAUUAACAUGAUUUUUGUCAUUAGAGCUUUUAAGGGUUAAAUUUGUCCUAAAUAAGGAAUCAUUCACAUUUUAUCAAUAUCGGACUAUCUUCGUAUAGCUACAAUCAUCUUUGUUGAGUAUGUUUUGUUUUGUUUUGUUUUGUUUUUUUUUUUUUUUUUCGUUAUCAUAAAAUGUUAAGAUUUAUCUUAGAAUGAAUAUUGUAAGUAUACGAAGACAUCGAGCUUAUUCGAACAAGCGAUAAUAUCUUCUCCUCUUUUUUUUUUUUCUUUUAUAAUUUUGUAUACAUCUGAAUUACUUAAGUUAUAAAUUACUAGAAAAAACACAUUCGAAGUUUUCCCAUUCAGGACAUCGUUUGGGCGGUCGUCCUUUACAGCAUAAAAUUCUUUCAACUAUUCAUACCAAUUAAACUACGAAGAUUCAGGUCAUAUGUUUGUAAGAUGAUCCUAUCGUCUAGAUAUAUAAUCAACUAUAUACAUCUUUGAACUACCAUUCGUAUCGCUAUCGUGACAACGAAUUACGGUACGCGGAUAAACUUUUAAAUUUAUUUUUUCAGUACUCAAUUAUUCGUCCAUAAUAAUCUCUACACUUUCUAGAGGGAAGUAAAAUAUCCGAUAUCGUCGUUCGCUCGUCAUUUUUCUGUUUUUACGUACCUUGAGGUCGAUCGUUAUAAUUCUCAAAAAGAUUUAUAACUAUUUUAAAUCAAUAUAAGUAUCGAUAAAUAGAAGGUAAAACAUGACAAUCGAUUUUUUUUUUCCGAGAAAAUCGAGCUACGCGCGAGCUAUCAAGCGAUAAACGUUUAUUCGAGCGAGGAAAGAAAAGAAAAAUAACUAUUUCAUUUGUACUCUGUUAACGAUCGACAAUAAAUUUUAACUCAAACGAGUUCCAAUAGAG